CCCGUGGUCCAGCCUGAUGACUCAGUGCCCGCUGUCAUGCCAGAUGACCCGGUGCCUGCUGUCGUGCCAGAUGACUUGGUGCCCGCUGUCGUGCCAGAAGACUCGGUGCCCGCUAUUGUGCCAGAUGACCCGGUGCCCGCUGUCGAGCUUGGUGACUCGGUGCCCGCUGUCGUGCCAGAUGACUCGGUGCCCACGGUCGUGCCAGAUGACUCGGUGGCCGCUGUCGUGCCAGAUGACUCGGUGCCCGCUGUCGAGCUUGAUGCCUCGGUGCCUGCUGCCUCAACUGAUGGCCCGGUACCCGCUGUCGUGCCAGAUGACCCGGUGCCUGCUGUCGUGCCAGAUGACUCUCGAUGCCCGCGGUCGUGCCAGAUGACUCGGUGCCCGCUGUCAUGCCAGAUU